ACGUAUGUGAAAUGGUUUGAUACAGUAAUGUUUUACUAUGUGAUUUUAGUGUAUUUAGUGAAUGUCACUUUUUCACAUUUUUAAAUUUCCCGCCAGUUCCGUCCCCCGUACGUCCUGACGUCACAGGGAACGAAACCUAGAAGAUGGAUGCCGACAUCGACAGGAGGACAUUGCAGGGGACACUGCAGGAGGGACAUCGUGGGAGCGCAGGACAAGGUAAGUGAAGAAGAGAUCCCGGAGCAGCACUGCAGGAUAUUCCUGAGUGUAGCUCGGGGUUACCGCUUGUGCUACACUCGGGAAUACCUGCAGGGAGGU